CAAAUGCAUUCGACUUGGUAGCGGAUGUUUAAAAUGGGUGCGAAGAAAGUCAGCAUUGAACUCGAAAGUACGGAAAUAGAUGGAAGAUUAAUAGAGGCGAUUUCAAACAACCACACAAGGACUGAUGAGGAUGAAACUGAAGCUGAAGCAACCCGUGACAAAUGGGGUAAUAACAUUGAAUUUCUGUUCUCCUGCAUAGCUCUUUCAGUAGGGCUGGGCAAUGUGUGGCGUUUCCCCUUUAUUGCCUUGGAUAAUGGAGGUGGCGCCUUUGUUGUGCCCUACAUCAUAGUGCUGUUGUUAGUUGGACGACCCAUUUAUUAUUUGGAGAUUAUUGUGGGUCAGUUUUCAAGCAGUGGCUGCAUUAAAGCCUUCGACAUGGCUCCAGCUAUGAGAGGCAUUGCUUAUGGCCAAGUGUUUGCUACAACAAUGGGUACAACUUACUAUGCCUGCAUUAUGGCAUUGACUUUGAAAUAUUUGAUUUCCAGUUUCUCCGAUAUCUUACCUUGGACUUUAUGUCGCCCUGAAUGGGGCCGACUUUGUUUUUCUGCCUCGAAUAAUACCGUCAAAGGAAAUGAUACUUCUUUCAAACAAUACUCUUCGGCAGAAUUAUUUUUUACAAAAUCCAUUUUACAUGAAGCCACAUCGAUUGAAGAUGGUCUGGGUUAUCCUAACUGGGAUCUUGUCUUAUGUCUACUGGGAGCCUGGAUAAUUAUUGGCACCAUCUUGUGUAAAGGCAUUCGAAGUUCCGGCAAAGCAUCAUAUUUUCUGGCCUUAUUCCCCUAUGCUGUAAUGUUUGUGUUGCUGGGACGUGCAUUGACUCUGCCAGGAUCGUUAGCUGGGAUUAUAUACUUUCUGAAGCCUCAAUGGAAUAAGCUACUAAAUCCAAAUGUCUGGUACAAUGCCAUAACGCAAAUGUUCUUCUCAUUAGCAAUAUGUUUCGGAACUCUCACCAUGUAUGCUUCUUUCAACAAUUUUAGAAAAAACGUUUACAGAGAUGUUAUGAUAAUAACCAGCAUCGAUUCGGCCACAUCCAUACUUUCCGGUUGCAUUAUCUUUGGAAUACUUGGAAAUUUGGCGUACGAGUCACAAACCACCGAUAUUGCCAAUGUGGUAAAAGGAGGGGCUGGACUAGCUUUUAUAUCCUAUCCCGAAGCUAUAGCGAAAUUUAAGUACAUGCCUCAGCUUUUUUCAGUACUCUUUUUCUUCAUGUUGCUCGUUUUGGGUGUGGGCAGCAAUGUUGGCAUGGUGUCCUGUGUGAUGACAGUGAUUAAGGAUCGUUUCCCUCGCAUUCCCCACUGGAUGUUGGCCACAGUGGUAUCGUUGAUAGGUUUCACAUGCGGCAUUGUAUAUAUGACACCGGGAGGACAAUUCAUAGUGAAUUUGGUCGAUUUCUUUGGAUGUUCGCUAAUUGCAUUGUUUUUGGCUAUAGCAGAAUUGAUGACAUUUGCAUGGAUCUAUGGCACCAAACGACUUUGUGAGGAUAUUGAAUUCAUGUUGGGUGUAAAAACAGGUCCCUAUUGGCGCAUUUGUUGGACUUAUAUUACACCCGGCCUCAUGUUAAGUGUUCUCAUUUAUUCUCUGCUUAAUUAUGCCCCACUUACCUACAAAGGCAUCGAAUAUCCCAUAAUGUAUAGUGCUUUGGGCUGGUCAAUAUGCGCCAUAGGAGUUGGUCAACUACCGUUUUGGUUUUUGUACGAAGUACUCCAUCAAAAAGGGGACUCCUUUACAAUUAAAUUGCGCAAUGCUUUUAAGCCCUCAUCACAUUGGGGCCCCUCGGAUAAAAGACUAAACGAUGAAUACAGAAUAUAUAGAAGAAGUAUUAAAAUAAGGUCCAUGAUUCCUGUUAGUAUCUUGAAAAAUAAAGGCAAAAUCUAA